CGCCCGCCCGCCCGCCCCCUGACUCACCCCGCUCGGCUCCCCACCGCUCCGCUCCGGGAGGCGGCCAGCGCCCGGCGCGGGCGAGCAGGGGCCGGGAGGAGCGCGGGGAAGGCGAGCCGCCAUGAACCGCCUGGGCAGGAAGGCGAGCGAGACGCUCAUCGAAAUGGCCCCGUCUGCCGACGAUGACAUUGCGGUUCUCACCAAGUUCAAGCUGUUGCAGUCAGAAGGGGAAGAAAGCAAUGGACCUUUAUGUGAAACGCUUUCAACUGCAGGAUCAGAGGUUCCAAGCAGCUCAGAGCAGGGUCUAAGCAGCACUGAGACUACUUUACUCAUCCCUGAUCAUCAAGUGCAGAGUGGAAGGAGAUAUAAUCUGUUCCUGAAGCGACGUCUCAGGAUUGAUAAAAGACAUCAAAGCAAAGAUUCAAUUUUCUUCAGGGAUGGAGUCAGGAGAAUUGAUUUUGUUCUCUCCUAUGUGGAUGAUCUUAAUAAAGAAUGGGAAAAAAAGCUGGAAAGAAGAAAAGAAUUUGAGAGCAAUCUGCAGAAGGCUGGUUUAGAACUAGAAACAGAAGACAAGAAGGAAUCUGAAGAUGGCAAGAUUUAUUUUGUCAAGAUCCAUGCCCCAUGGGAGGUUCUGAUCACAUACGCAGAAGUGCUGAACAUUAAAGUUCCCAUCAAGGAAAAUGAUAUUCCCUCGAUGGUGGAGAACCCCUUGGACUGUAUGCUUACACCAUUCAGGCUUCCCGAGAAGGUGAUGCACCCUGAGCCGGAUUACUUCACUGCACCGUUCAGCAAGGAGAAGCAGGAGCUGUACCUCAUUAACGAUGAGAGCACUUUCUUCUCACCAUCCAUGAGGAACAGAAUAGUUAAUUAUAUUCUUACACGUUGUCCAUAUGGAACAGAAGAAGGGAAGAAAAAGUUUGGCAUUAAAAGACUGCUAAAUAAUGGCACAUAUUCAGCUGCAUAUCCUCUUCAUGAUUGUUUGAAUCUGUCGAUGAGCUGUUUUGCCUUUCCUCUGAUUUGCUCACAGUGUCAGUACUGGAAAAAGGCAAGCGAUCCAAACUGUGACAAUGAGAGGUACACACUCUAUAUGGAGUGGGCCCGUUUCUUACGGUUCUACAAAGAGCAGCCUUUGGAUCUCAUCAGGAAAUACUAUGGUGAGAAGAUUGGAAUCUAUUUUGCCUGGCUAGGAUUUUACACUGAGAUGCUAUUCCUUGCAGCAGUUGUCGGCGUAAUCUGCUUUCUUUAUGGCUUGUUCACAAUGGAUGAAAAUAUGAGCAGAAAAGAAAUCUGUGACCCUGCAAUUGGAGGAGAAAUCAUUAUGUGUCCUCUUUGUGACCGGGAGUGUGAGUACUGGAGACUAAACACCACGUGCGAGUCCUCAGAGUAUUCCCAUUUGUUUGACAACGUGGCAACUCUUUUUUUUGCAAUUUUCAUGGGCAUAUGGGUUACGCUUUUCUUGGAGUUUUGGAAGAGACGGCAAGCUAGACUGAAAUAUGAGUGGGAUUUGGUUGAUUUUGAAGAGGAACAGCAACAACUCCAGCUGAGGCCAGAGUACGAGGCCAAAUGUACGCAAAAGAAGAAGAAUCCUGUAACUCAGGAGAUGGAGCCUUACUUGCCUCUAACUAGCCAGGCUGUGCGGUUCUGCAUCUCAGGAACUACAGUGUUGUUCUGGGUGUCUCUGAUCAUAGCUAGCAUGAUAGCUGUGAUUGUGUAUCGUCUUGCAGUGUAUGCCGCCUUUGCCAGCCUCAUGGAAAACACUCAAACUCUGCAGCCCAUCAGUGGAUUACUGACCCCUCAGCUGGCAACUUCGGUCACAGCCUCUUGCCUGAACUUUGUCAUCAUCAUGAUACUGAAUUUCAUAUAUGAGAGAAUAGCUAUCUGGAUUACUGAUAUGGAGAUUCCCAGAACUCAUAUGGAGUAUGAGAACAGGCUCACUAUGAAAAUGUUCCUGUUCCAGUUUGUCAACUACUAUUCAUCCUGCUUCUAUGUGGCAUUCUUCAAAGGGAAGUUUGUUGGUUAUCCAGGUGCAUACACAUACAUGUUCAAUCGCUGGCGAAAUGAAGAGUGUGAUCCUGCAGGCUGCUUGAUAGAAUUGACGACACAGCUCACCAUAGUCAUGGCUGGCAAGCAGAUCUGGGGAAAUAUCCAAGAGGCCAUUGUACCUUGGAUUUGUAACUGGUGGGGACGACGGAAGGCCAGAAAUAAUCCAGAAAAUUUGUAUAGUCGCUGGGAGCAGGACCACGAUCUGCAGACAUUUGGAGCCUUGGGCCUAUUCUAUGAAUAUCUAGAAAUGGUCAUUCAGUUUGGAUUCAUUACGCUCUUUGUGGCGUCCUUUCCUCUGGCUCCACUUCUUGCUCUGAUGAAUAAUAUCUUGGAGAUUCGAGUAGACUCCUGGAAAUUAACCACUCAGUACAGAAGACCUGUGGCUGCGAAAGCACAUAGCAUAGGAGUUUGGCAAGAAAUCCUGAAUGGAAUGGCCAUCUUAUCUGUUGUCACUAACGCUUUUAUUGUUGCAUUCACAUCAGACAUGAUUCCUCGUUUAGUUUACUACUACGCUUAUUCUGAAAGUGACGACUCACCGAUGUCCGGAUACAUAAACAAUAGUUUGUCAGUGUUUCUAAUCUCCGAUUUUCCUGAGAGAAACAAGCCUAAAACGAACCCAGAAAAUUUUGUCAUAUGCAGGUACAGAGACUAUCGAUAUCCUCCAGAUCAUGAGAGGAAAUAUUUACACACUAUGCAGUUUUGGCACAUUCUUGCUGCAAAACUGGCCUUUAUAAUUAUUAUGGAGCAUGUUGUAUUCAUCGUCAAAUUCUUUGUAGCAUGGAUGAUUCCUGAUGUCCCUGCAGAUGUGAAAGCCAAAAUAAAACGUGAGAAGUAUUUAACACAGAAAAUCCUACAUGAGUAUGAGCUUGAAAAACUGAAGGAGAGACUGUGUCAAGGCGAUAAACGAGCCACAGAAAAAGAGUUCAUUGCUACAGAAGGGAAAAUGGAGUUAUCCAGAGCAAUGUAGUUGAAAAUACAACUGUUUGGGAUUUAGCUCAUUUUAGCUUCUUUAUCUGUGAUUUGCUCAGUAUGCAUCAACUUGAAAGCUAUAGGACAGGUUCAGCCCUCUGCUUUCAGUCCAAAGAUUUUAGACUUUUCUUUAAACAUUGUACUGAGCAUCCUAGGUUUAGUAAAUCUAUUUAACUGUAAGAUUUGGGCACUGUUCUCUAUUUACCCAUCACUUCAAAUAAUCAUGUAAUCCUAGAAUCUAGGUUCCCAGUACAGGGAGUGUUAUGCUAAAAGGUCUCACAGGAUAUCAUACGGUCAUUACCACCAAGCCCUUCCCAUACUGCUAAAUGCAAACUUUGAGGCUGUAUCUCAGCUGAAUGAACAGGAUAUCAUAGAGGAUUCCUGCUGUGGAAAAUGCUGAGAAGGAUGACUUCAUGACAUGAUCAUUUAAAAUCAGACGGCUGAUAAGUCCUGAUAAAAGGUUUGGGUUGGGAUUUGGGGCGUUUCUGUAUCAGCUAGGUCUUACAAAACAUUUGCUCCUGACUUUGAACCUCUAUAUGCUUUUUAGAAGGAUUUUUGUUGUUGUUGUUUUUAAGAUAUACUGGCUUAAUUCCAAUUGGAAUUAUUUUAGGGCACAGAAUUCAGUUAAUAUCUGUUAGUGAAGGAAAAAAAAAAACACCAUAAUUUGUAUUAAUUAAGGUAACAUCUGCCAAAGAGUUUGCUCUUUAAAUGCAGAUUUUGUGGAACCCUAUAUUUAACGUUAACUUAUUUCUCCAUCUCAAAAAUUGCCAUUGGAAGAAUAUGCUUGGUGUAAGUGUUGGCCAAAACUGCUCCUUUGUUUACAUUCUUCCCAUUUUUGUGAAUGUUAACAAAAGGCGUGGUUUUAAAACCAUACGUCUGUGCUUGAUCCAUGCCAUAGAGUAUGACUUCAGAGUGCAGUGGACUGGGGGCUGGACUGCCACACUAACUGAUCAAGCUACGUGAUUCUAAAGAGGUUAGGAUUCAUAUUCAAAAGAUUUUAAGAAUGCCAUGUACUUUGUUUACAUUGUUCCUGUCCUUAUAUAUAGGAAUCUUUCUUUUUAAUCUUCAGGAAGGAAUUGUUUUCUGUUUUGUCAUGGGAUUUUUUUACAAGGUUAUUAAGGUUAUAAAUAGAUAAAUACUUGUGCAAAGUAGCUACAAUCUGUAUAUGAAUGUGCCCUCGGUUUAUACUUUUAAGCAGUUAUGCAUUUUGAUGAUUUUGCUGUAUAUUUAAAACAUAUCAACACCUCCACGCUUAGUGCCUUGUUUAUUUGCAUUUGGCAAAUGAUGUGAAGAUGAUCACUAUGUGGAAAUGUACGUUUCCUAAGUGUGCUUGCAGGCAUCAUGAUACUGUGAACCUGCACACGUAACUAUAGCGUUAGCCAAACAAUGCCUGCCUUGGCACACUUUUGUGUGUUAGUGCCACGCAGACUGUUCACAGGAAACAGUUCAUACCUAGACUGCUUAGAUAAACUAGCACCAGACUGUUGAGUUCUCUCAUGCUGAAAUACACUAGCUAGAGAGAUCAAAUAUGUUAAUAUUUGCACUUUGAAAGUUAUACUUCUUUGCAAGUAUACAAGAAAAAAAAAAGAUAGAUUUGUAUUUGAUAUCAGCUAAAUUAUGUACUGUUUACUAGAUCCACAACCUACGGUUCCCAUAUUUCAUUUUAGCAGACCUAGCCUGUGUCUUGAAAUAUUUUGCCUAGUAAUCUUAAUGUUGUAAGAGAGUUUUAAAUUAGUGUCUUCGGUGGAACUGUUAUAACUAGCAAAAGUUCUAACAUUGAAGUGCCUACCUCGAACAAACAUCACAUGGUUUGGCUGCCAGUCAAGGAGUUGAAGCAGAUGUACAUUUCUCUACUUUUCUGUAAGUUAUUCAGCUUUGUUAUAUAAGUUUGCUUGAUAAGUCACGCCUAUUGGCAAUUCAUGUUUAUGAUGAACUGACCAUGUUCUUGAAUAUUCAUAUACAUUUGAAGAAGUGGAUUUACUGCAGGAAUGCAUGUUUAAAUAAGCUAUCUCUGCUGCUUAAUGUGUAAGCCAAAGAAGAGUAUCAUUCACCAUAAUUACAUAUAUGACACGAGGAUUUAUAUGUUAGCACUUGCCUGCUUCUUACAUCUAUACAGUUAACUAAACUGUUUAAUUUAGACUUUUUUUUUUACUGUUAGCAAUGCAAACAAUUGUUUCAAAUAGGUGAUGAGAUGCAAAAUGACAGUUCUAUGCAAAAAUGUACAGAUCUGAUUGAAGCUGAAAGCAGAUCUGAAACAAUUAGCAUUAGGUGCACUAUUCUUGCAUACGGAACGUGAGUUUCUUCAGAUCCUGUAAUAAAGUGUCCUCAUGUACUACACUUGAAAAGUUGUCAGCAAAAUAGCUGCAUUGUGAAUGAUUCUUGCUAUUUGAAAGAAAGAUGGAGGAAAACAACGAAGCAACGUAGUUUGGGAUACAUCCAGCAGAGAUAUGCAGAAGCCAAGACCUUGAAUUUGAUUUCAUAUUUGGGCCCCCACUUCUUGCUUCUUUCAAAUUUGUUUUUUGACAUCACUUCCUAUUUGAUGCUAUUGAAACAUGUUCUGCAUAUGUUGUAUCAUGCAAUAAGAAGUAAAAGAAUAUCUGGGAUCUACUUAUUUAAAAUAUAUGUAUCUAAAAAUAUAUCAUGACACUUCGUAAUGUUAUUUGUUUGUAUAACAGAAACUGUUAAAGAGAAAAUGUGUUGUCAUAUUAAGAGAUAAUGUCAGAAAAUCUAACACCUAUUUAUGUCAUCAUUUGCCUUUACUUGUCAUUAAGCAGUAUUUUGACAAAAGAUUAUUAGCAUGAUUAGGACUAUAAUGGUCCAUGUAUACAUAUUUCCUGAAGUGUUCUUGAAAAGUGACAAAAUAAGAAAAAAUUGUCUGGGCAGUUUGGGGAUGUGCUUGUUCUUACUGUUAGAAUAUUUGGUUUUGAUGUGUUUAAAAUAUGUAUCUAAAAGUGUCCUUUAACCAAAGCAAAGCUACUUCUGUGUUGGAACUACUGUAAUUAAAGCUACAGUAGAUUGCUUCAUUAGAGUUAGCUAGAAAAAAAAUCGUCCUUUCAAGUGUAAUACAAUCAGGGAAAUUUUUCUUCCAGUUGAAAUUUAGUAUUUAUACAUUAGAUUGUGUGGUAUGAUCUAAGCAAAUGACUGCAAAAUGAGUGCUACUACAAAACACUAUGCUGUUUAUUUCUAGAAAAUUUUGUUAUGUUUUUACUUUUUUAUGUAAGACUAUUGGUUUGAGGCAAUGGAAGGAGUGAAAAUACAUGGACCAGUACUGGUCUGUGUCUACUGCUUCUUUUGACUUGUACCGUCAUGUAAUCAGAGUGGCAUUUCUGUCAAAGUAUGUUGCUGAUAUAUGAUACACUAAUGUUGGGAUAAUUUCUUAAACAUUGAAUUCAGCUAACUUAUAUAUGUACAUUUAAUAAGAUUUAAACCUUGCGAAUAAAGCAGUGUUUAUUUUUAA